UCUCCUUCCCAAGAUGGAGUCCAGUAAAAAGAUGGACUCCCCCGGCCCCCUGCAGACCAACCCCCUGCUAAAGCUGACUUCUGACCGCAGUGCAGGGGCAGCCGUGUUCGUCCCCGAGCAAGGGGGCUACAAGGAGAGGUUUGUGAAGGCCGUGGAGGACAAGUACAAGUGUGAGAAGUGCCGCCUGGUCCUGUGCAACCCAAGGCAGACGGAGUGUGGACACCGGUUCUGUGAGACCUGCAUGGCCGCCCUGCUGAGCUCUGCCAGUCCGAAGUGUACUGCGUGUCAAGAGAGUGUCGUUAAAGAUAAGGUGUUUAAGGAUAAUUGCUGCAAGAGAGAGAUCCUGGCACUUCAGAUCUUUUGUCGGAAUGAAAGCCGCGGCUGUGCAGAGCAGCUGGCGCUGGGGCAUCUGCUGGCACAUUUGAAAACUGAUUGUCAAUUUGAAGAGCUUCCAUGCGUCCGAGCAGACUGCAAAGAAAAAGUAUUGAGGAAGGACCUCCGUGACCACGCAGAGAAGGCCUGUAAAUACCGCGAGGCCACGUGCGAUCACUGUAAAAGCCAGGUUCCAAUGAUCACCUUGCAGAAACACGAGGACACCGAGUGCCCCUGCGUGGUGGUCUCCUGCCCCCACAAGUGCAGCGUCCAGACGCUCCUGAGGAGUGAGUUGAGUGCACACUUGUCAGAGUGUGUCAAUGCCCCCAGCACCUGUAGUUUUAAGCGCUAUGGCUGCGUUUUUCAGGGAACAAACCAGCAGAUUAAGGCCCACGAGGCAAGCUCCGCAGUGCAGCACGUGAACCUGUUGAAGGAGUGGAGCAACUCUCUGGAGAAGAAGGUGUCCCUGCUGCAGAAUGAAAGUGUUGAGAAGAACAAGAGCAUACAGAGUUUGCACAACCAGAUCUGUAGCUUCGAAAUUGAAAUUGAGCGGCAAAAGGAAAUGCUUCGAAAUAACGAAUCCAAAAUCCUUCAUUUACAGCGAGUGAUAGACAGUCAAGCCGAGAAGCUAAAAGAACUGGACAAAGAAAUCCGUCCCUUCCGGCAGAACUGGGAGGAGGCCGACAGUAUGAAGAGCAGCGUGGAGUCCCUGCAGAACCGAGUGACAGAGCUGGAGAGUGUGGACAAGAGUGCCGGGCAGGCCGCACGCAACACAGGCUUGCUGGAGUCCCAGCUCAGCAGGCAUGACCAGAUGCUGAGUGUGCACGACAUCCGCCUGGCGGACAUGGACCUGCGCUUCCAGGUGCUGGAGACCGCCAGCUACAACGGGGUGCUCAUCUGGAAGAUCCGCGACUAUAAGCGGCGGAAGCAGGAGGCCGUCAUGGGCAAGACCCUGUCCCUGUAUAGCCAGCCCUUCUACACCGGCUACUUCGGCUAUAAGAUGUGCGCCAGGGUCUACCUGAACGGGGACGGCAUGGGCAAGGGGACGCACUUGUCGCUGUUUUUUGUCAUUAUGCGAGGAGAGUAUGAUGCCCUGCUGCCCUGGCCGUUCAAGCAGAAGGUGACGCUCAUGCUGAUGGACCAGGGCUCCUCCCGGCGCCACCUGGGCGACGCGUUCAAGCCCGACCCCAACAGCAGCAGCUUCAAGAAGCCCACCGGGGAGAUGAACAUUGCGUCGGGCUGCCCCGUCUUUGUGGCUCAGACUGUUCUAGAAAACGGGACCUAUAUUAAAGAUGACACCAUUUUUAUUAAAGUCAUAGUGGAUACUUCGGACCUGCCUGACCCCUGACGAGCCGCCGGCAGACGGAUUCGCAGAAGGUAACUCCGCUGGGGGUUGACCCGCUCCGUCUUCACUGAGGUCCUCACAUUCAGAAGGGACCUCGAGGAAUGGCGGAACGGCAGGAGGUGGCCACGCGGCCGGGGGGAGGAGCCCAUGUCCACACACAUCCUGACAUGUUUUCUGAUAGACUAGCCACACUCUGAAGACGCGGAGGUAAAUGUCGCUGUCGGAGGAGAUCCCCAUACUCAUUUCUAAAGAUCUAGUUCAUUAAGGUGGAAACAUAUAUGCUAAACAAGAGACAUGAUCCUUCGUCCUUAACCGUGAACACCAGACACAGAAAAACAUACACACACGUGGGAUAACCGGACAUGUCAGCAUGUUAAGUCAAAGAAGAGUUUAUGAGGUAAUGACGCAGUUCUGAUAUAUUCAACCUACAAUUCAAGAGUGCACUCUUGUUUCAAAUAUAGUACAUUGUCUAUUUUUAAGGCCUC